CUGGCUGUCAGAAUUUACAGAUUGACUUCAUGAAUAUUAUCAGAAAUGCAGAUACCAUUACCCGUUUUAUUUUAAAAGCAAUACCAGUUAUAUAAAACGGUUUUUAGCCCUGUUGGUAUGUGAUUUAUUAUCGCAUUAUAUCAAUUUCAUCGCUUAAAAUGUUGAUAUAUUCACAUGGAUUGUGACGAAAAUGGUUACUUCCAGACCUAACACAACACAAUACAAUGUUUUAAAAAUUAAUAAAAUGGAAUAUAGAAAAAUGAACAGAGUAAUUGUGUCUGCAACAACGUACAAUGCACAGUCCUGUUAUACAUGUAAUCGUUAUCGCAAUAUUUUUUAUGAACAGUUGAUUUAUUGAUAUCAAACUGGUACGAUAAAUAGCUUUGCUGGAGUUGAAUUUUGAAAGCUAUUCUACUUGACUUACGGUUUAGUAUUGCACUCUGUAUUGCCUUACAGUUAAGAUAAAAGGACAGAUGUCUCUCAUGUCUCUCUUAUCGAGUGAAGCGUCAUGAAUAACACGCGGCUGAUCAAAAGAAUAAUAUUAAGUUCAAGGUUUGGUGAUUAAAUUCUAAAUAUGAAACUCUUAUUAAUCAUCUAAAAGGCUGUGUUGGAAUGAUAUUCUUAUGUCUUGGGAUGUACAGGACACUAAUAAAUAACCAUGAAAUAUUUGUGUACUUUCUGGUUUAUGUUUUGUAUUGGAGCUAUAGGAAUUGAACUCUUAGUCUGCAGUGAAAAAUUACAACACACUUUCGAAGUCAUUUACCAGAAAGACGGUUACAUUAAACAUGAUAAUAAGCCGGGAACGAAAGAUACUCUAGAUCACACCAGUUACUCUCAUGGUGUUUUUGUCGACGUCUUUCUGAGCCUGAACCAUGGGAAGACUGGUGAUUCCAACCUCGGGUCAAACGACACAUCUUCAAUUUACCAGGAAGACACCGUUAGAUAUACCAAUGACUUAAAUACACGGGGCCACGACAACUUGCUUCGCAAUAUGAAAAUCGAAAGAGGAUAUAUAAAGACGCUAAUUCCCAGAGACAAAGCCAGUAAUGACAACUUUAACCAGUUUUUACCAGAUACCAGUCUCCAGCCGGUAGCCGCUGAUGUAUCUGAUGGUGCUUCACAUGUCCAAGAAGACCACUCGCCGCUUAGUGCAGAUAAACCUGGAACGAAAUUACACAAACAAAAUGCUUCCUCGGCGAAAGAAAACAUUGAACAGAUGGAAAAUGUCUCUUUCAAUUUCACAGGUAAUGACAAUAAGACCCCGUUUGAAGAAUAUGAGCGUUUAUUUAUACUCGGUGGAAUCAAGAAUUGGCUUGAACAGUUUUUGCACUUUGAAAGUUUUCGAAACCACACAGACAAGCACGAUUUGUUCAAUACAAGUAAAUCGUCCUCUCAAACGACAGGGAAUCCGGGGAAACUGGUUAGUUCAACUGCACUACCAUACACAGAGGUAACAACUGCCUCACAAAGUCGUGUGGACCCAAUCAUUAUUGAAGAGAAAAUGAGACAAUUAAACCAAAUGAACAUGUCACAAUUAACUCACAUAUUUGGAAACCUAACAACAGCGGCUGAAAAAGGACAGGUUGAUAUGGGAAUAGCAAAUCUCUGUUGUCCUAUCGGAUAGAUAAAGUACACCAUAUUGAUACCUACCGGAUGAAUACUUCUAUAGUCGUUUGGCAACUUUUGUUUCGUUUGAAAUAUAUCUAUUUAUGUGUGUUUGUGUGUUUUGGGUUUAACGCCGUUUUUCAACAGCAUUUCAGUUAUGUAACGACGGGCAGUUAACCUAACCAGUGUUCCUGGAUUCUGUACCAGUACAAACCUGUUCUCCGCAAGUACCUGCCAACUUCCCCACAUAAUCAUGAAUCAGAGGUGGAGGACGAAUGAUUACAGACAAUGUUUUUUUAUCAAAUCGUCACGGAGAACAUACACCUCGCCCAGGGCUCGAACUAAUGACCCCGAGAUCCGUAGAUCUGCGCUCUUCCUAUUGAGCUAAGCGAGCGGGCUAUGUGUCUAUAUAAUAUGUAAUAUAAAUUUACAUAUUCAGUACGUUAUAAUCUCUGAAUAACUUGCCGAUAAUUGUAUGGUGAUAACAUAAAACGACAUAAUUAGAAUUUGAUAAGACACUUUAUUGAGUACAUAAAGGGCAAUUGUUUGCUUCAAUGUAAGAGAUAUCUUUCGUAGUCGUUAUAACACACUAAAUAGUUUUUGUUCUUUAUUCUGUAUAAAAUUGACCUAUUUCCAAUGGCCGCAGCACACACCAGGACCCAUUUUAAAUGUCUGUAACCUACAUUUUCUUGAAGAAUAUUGUUAGUGCUAAAGAAAAAUCAAAAGAAAAGUGGGGGUCAUGUUUGAUGCAAGAAAAAUAAUUUCAGUCAAACACACAAACUGCAAAAUCAGCUAAAAAAUGAGACCCAAAAUUAUACUAGUGGUGUAUGAUCUAAGUUUCCAUGAACAAUUUUGUCAGGUUGUUAUUUCAUUAUGAAAAUGCUACCUACAUGUCAAUCAUAGAUCUGUCAUGUGAUUUUAGCAAAAAAAAAAUGCAAAGAAAAUAAGGAAAAUAGCUCUACAGAGCAAAAAAACUGAGGACUAUUUGUGUCCGCCAUUAUGCGAUUUUAGGGUAGAAAUGUAAGUUCUGGUCUUCACAAGUGAAAGGUAUCUGGCUUUCACUUGUAAAACAAACCAUUUUUUCUGAACAUGACCUGCUUUCCUGACAAAAUUGCAUCAUCCAGUUUCUGUGAAGGUACAUCUUGUAGAACCCAUUCAUGCAAAAAUAUUUUGUGCAUACUCCAACUUUGGGUUUUUUGCCCGGCAUACUGACUUUUGCCACACACAAUACAGAAAGUCUACAUCACUGUUUUUUUGGCACCUGCCCAGUGUCA